AUGUCCAACCAAAGGGACCGGAACAUGGAGGACAUAAAUGAGGAAGACAUUGAUGAAGAUGAUAUCCUGACAUCAAACUUGUCUCCUGAGGAGCUGAAAGAGCUCCAGAAAGAGAUGGACAUUAUAGCCCCAGAUGAGAGGGUACCUGUGGGUCAGAGACAGAAGAGCCAGACAGAGAAGGUGCCCACAGGCUCGUUUGAUCACAGGGGCCUGGUGGAUUAUCUAUACUGGGAGAAGGAGUCAAAACGCAUGCUGGAGGAGGAAAGGGUCCCCGUCACUCUACUGCCCAAUAAGAAAACCAUGGAAGAGGAUGCUGAAAAGAAAGAAAACGCUGAACACAUGGAAAUUGUGUAUGAGGUGCAAGAAGAAGACAUUGAGGUGGAAGCUACAGAUGGUGUUGAAGGAGAGGAAAUGAUAGUGGAGGAAGAGGUUGAGGAUAGAAAGAACAUAAACUAUGAAAGGGUCAUAGAAAUACAUGAACAUCCAGUGAAUAAACAUUUAAAUGAGUCAUUGGAUGACAAUAGCACAAACACUGUAUACACUACCAGUCCCUUGCAGCCCCCUCCAGAGUUCACCAACAAGAAAGAGGAGAAAGAGACUGAGAGCAGAGAGCAAAAAAAGAGCACAUCACAAAUAUCUGAGAAAGUAGAAAUGAACACCACAGAGACUCCUGAAGGAACAGAGAUGACUCCAGAGGAGAAGAGGGCCUGUUUUGUCCCAGAGAAAGAGGUGAGAGUAAUAAACAAGCUAAGUAUUCCAUCGCUGGCCCUUGGCGGGGGCCUUGGUGGCCUUGGUGGAGCCAAGAAGACAUCAAGACCCUCAGGGAAUGAGACAAACCUGGACACCACCCUGGAUAAGAUAUGCCACAACAACCCCACUAUCACAGAUGUAAACCUGAACAACAUAGAAAACAUUCCCAAAGAAAUGCUUGUAGAAUACGUCAAUGCCUUGAAGAAGAACAAACACGUCAAAACCUUCAGCAUAGCCAACACCGGUGCAGACGAAAACAUUGCCUUCACCCUGGCCAACAUGCUGAGAGAGAACCGUAGCAUCACCACACUGAACAUAGAGUCUAACUUCAUAACAGGGAAGGGCAUCAUUGCCAUUAUCCGCUGCCUCACUAAGCUCCGCUUCCACAACCAGAGACACAUGCUGGGCCACCACGCGGAGAUGGAGGUGUCGCGCCUGCUCAAGGCCAACAAUACCCUCCUGAAGAUGGGCUACCACUUUGAGCAGGCAGGGCCUAGGAUGGUGGUGACUAACCUACUGACCAGGAACCUGGACCGCCAGAGACAACAGAGGAACGAGGAGCAGAGCAAGCAGCAGAAGCAGGAGCAGAAGGAGGUGUUUGAGAUGUAUGAUGCGAUGCUUGGCUACAUCCCUCCCGAAAUAGCGGCCCUCAUGCCGCAGCUGCCCAAGGGUCCACAGGGUCCCAUGGAACCCAAACCAGAGCCCUUCUCCCGAGUCAAGCAGUCCAACACUUCUCCACAGUAUCAACACAAGCAGCUUUACCACACUCCACAGCGCAACCCCAUUCCACAACAGCCCCCCAGCAUGGACUCGUCUGGUAACCCUCUAAGAGACAUCCAGCUGAAGAGGACCCCCAAAAAGCGUGACCCUUUUCUGGAUCUGGACCCAAGGGACGACAGGAGAGCAGAGAGGCUGAACGUCCAGCUCAGGAACACAACAGGAAAACAGAGGGGUACAGGCGUUGAUGAGAUGGUAGAACUGAAGGCCACUCUGAAAGAUGUGAUGAAGACAUUAAAGCCUGUUCCUCGGAGGCGGCAGCCACCCAAGGUGGAUGUGACGCCCCGCGAUGAACUGCUUAACGAGAUCAAAAAGAGCAAUGUGGCCUAUCUCAAAGCCGCCCCCAGUACCAGAGGCAGCAAAGCAACCCCACAGCAGGACAACGACCCCAAACACACGUCAAAAAGCACCCAGGAAUGA